AUGGUUCCAUAUAACCAAAAAACAGCAAGUCCAAACUUAGAUUGGCUUGCGUUAACGGCUCUUUUUAUAAUAUUUUACAUUGUCCGGAUAACAGCGGCAGAUUCUCCAAUAACAUCAGGGGAAUCAAAUAACACCAGCAAUGACAAUAUGCGCAUGCCUCCAUGUUUUUCAUUAAAGGGAAGUCAAGCAUGUCAAGCAUUUGGAAACUAUUCUAUAUCAAGUUCAAUAUCCUCAACCUGGAAUUUUUUAUACACAAUUGGAAAUAUAAGUCAAUUCGAUGAAGGAUUAAUAAAUUAUGUGAACAUUAGAUACGUGGACGACCAUUUUACUUCGAUAUGUCCGAAUCUUAAUUCCAGCAAAGUUCAUUUACAGUAUACAACAACAUUAGUAUGCGCUGCAAUGGUUCAAGCGCCAAUAUCAUUAGCUUGCACAGGAUUAAAUAAUCAAAACAGUCCAAUGACAAUUAAUGAUGAUGGUAAUCCAACGAAGCCACCACUUUUGUGUCAAGAUACUUGUCAAAGUUAUUACAAUUCAGUGCAAUCAUUUGUCAAAAAUCAGACAUUGUGUGGAAAUGAGAAUAACAUAAAUAGCAUUAAUUCGAACAUAGCUUGCGGAUCAUCAGAGACGAGUAAUGAUACUAGCACAUGCAUCUCAGGCUCAGCUAAUGAGCCUUCGGAUUGUGGAUUUCAACAGGAUACUUAUUCCCUUUGCCAAUAUUGCCAAAAAUCAUCCUCAACAAGUUCUGAUUUAUGUUGUAAAAAAGCUGAUCUUACUCAAUGUAAUUAUCCAGAUGGGACACAUGCAAGUACCACGAUGGAGAGUCCAACGCAAUCUCCGCUUAACGACACCUCUCUAGAUUCCACUUCUGAUCCUUCAAUAAGUACGGGAGGAAUAGUAGGUAUAGCCUUGGGAUCAGUUGCAAUAGCUGCGACGUUGUUUGCGUUAUUCUUUUGCCUAUGCCGAUCCCGUAGAAAAGGUGGGAAUUUAUCGUCUAAUGGAAUUCAAGAAAAAUCUGGAAGUACAACUGACUUAUCGACCCCAUUAGUUGCGGAUCCCACAAGAAAUAUUCCGGCAAAUAACGUGUCUUCAGGUGGUUCACAUGAAAGUGUCGAAAUGCAAGCAAUUGAUAAUGCAACAGGUAAUACACCACGACUGACACAACAAUUGCGACCACAAACACAAUUGCAGCCACAAUCGCAGCCACAAUUGUAUCCAGUCAAUAAUGUUGCUGUUACUCCUCCUCCACCGGUUAUCAUGCCAAUACCAGAAACGCCAACCUUAAAUCCUGAUGAUGGUGAGGGAGAUCUUGUGCUGGUAGUUCAUCCAUAUAUGCCUGUCCUUCCGGAUGAAUUGGAAUUGGUGAUUAAUGAAAUGAUCAUAGUUAAAAGAUUGUUUGAUGAUGGAUGGGCAGUGGGAAUUAAUCGUAAUACUGGAAAAGAAGGAGCGUUUCCUCUUGUAUGUGUUGCAAGUCCUGAAAUCGUUAGCCAAAAUUCUCAAGAUCCACGGAUUAGUAUCGUAUCGGAAUUAUCACAUUCAUCGAGUAGUAGUGAUUUUUAUUCAGAACCACAUGAGCAAAACACAACGACAAAUCCAUCAAGUCCAAGGGGAAAAAGAAAAUAUAGCAUGUCGAGCAGUGGCUCAAAUGUACCACGACGGAAUUCUAGUAUGCGCCGUCAUGCAUCUGAAAGUGGUGAUUUUAAUGAUGAUGACGACCAAGAAUCUCAAAUCCCACGGAAUAAUAAUACACAAUCGCAUUUUAUCGAGGGUUUUGAUGGAGCACGUGACAGUGAUCACUAA